UACAAACAAGCAGAGCUGCUGUUUGUUUUUUGAGGCUGGAGUCCAAGAACACAAAGUUUCCCAAUAAACUGAACUUGAUGUCAACAUUUGAACUCGUGAUGGAGGCAGGCAAACAUUCAGGAGGGGACCCUGAGACUCACCAAUGUCACGAAGGACCACGUGUUGCUCAGAGUUGUGCGAGUGCACGGCGACCGGGAUGUGACGACACUCGUUGACCACUUAGUGUCAUGGCGCUACCAGGAAUGUGUCUCCUCUUGUUCACCUCGCUUGCAUGGGUCCUCCAGGUCCUUGGCAAAGCGGACGUGUUUGUGAAGUUGCCACAUGCACAGAACAUUUUCCUGCGUUCCAAACGAGCCAACCACUUCCUGGUGGAAGAGAUACUGCAGGGCAACCUGGAGAGGGAAUGUUACGAGGAGCGCUGCACUUUUGAAGAGGCCAGAGAGUACUUUGAAGACAAUGAAAAGACGGACCAGUUCUGGAACUCUUAUGACGACGGAAACCACUGCAAGCCCAACCCCUGUCUUAACGAUGGGAACUGCACAAACAAGGCGGGUGGUUUCCACUGCUCUUGCUCGCCUCCCCACCAUGGAAUCAUAUGCCAAUUAGGAGCCCAGGUAGACAUCAACAGCCAGGAAGAUGAAGGGGAGCUGCUUAAAGCAUCACGGCUGGCAGCAGGAAGGUUCCCGUGUCCCACCGAAGGCCCAAAUGUGUGCCACCAGUUGUGUACGGCGACCUUCUCCACCUACACGUGCUCCUGCGUGGCAGGAUUCAAACUGCACGAUGACAAACGAAGCUGCUUGCCCAAAGUGGAGUUUCCCUGCGGAAGACUUCCUGGCUCCUCCCAGACGGCAUCGUGUCACCAUGGCAACUGUCCUUGGCAGGCAUUGCUGCUGGGAAGCGAAGGGACAGCGGUCUGUGCCGGUGUUUUGUUGGGUCCGCGCACUGUCCUGACUGCUUCCAGCUGUCUCCUUCGAGAGCCCGACCCCCAACCUUCCAAUUUUUUCGUUGUUGCAGGUACGAGGGAUACAACAGUGUCGGUCAAGGCUUUCUUUAUUCACAAACGUUACGUUCCAAAUCACCAUGACUACGAUCUGGCCCUUUUGGAGUUGAGCAGCCCCCUUCCCCUUGGCCCCACCCUCCACCACCUCUGUCUGCCCACCAAAGAUUUCAGUGAAAACAUCUUGAUGAAUUCUGGCAAGGUUGGGGUUGCGGCGAGCAUGAACCAAUACCUGGACCACAAUCUUGUCUACAUGAGUUUGGACGAGUGUCGCGGCCAGCUCAAGAUUUCGUUCCCGCUCAGCAAUAAAAUGUUCUGCGUGGCAGGAUGGACUGGAAAAACAGUGAUGCACAGUCAAAGUUCAAUGCAGGACACUACCAAUGGAUCCAAUACUGAGAGAAGUUCAGCCACGUGGGAAUGUGGCGGUCUACCAACCGCUAUGCCCCUCGCCACGGUGGAGAAAGGGACGGCAUUUCUCACAGGCCUGCUCCUUGUGCCACCAAAAGGCUGUCAGGGGGAUGGGCUGGUUUUUACCAAAGUGUCCCGACACCUGGUCUGGAUCAGACAGCAUCUAGCCGUCAUUGAGUCACACGAGCGCCCGACCCAACAAUCAAAAAGAAACUAAACUGAGACUGAUGAGUGACCCGCUCGGCUUCAGAUGUCACACAUUCAGCCUACAAAGAUGUUGUCCUCGCCACAUAACCUCGGAAAUCAGUUAGUUGAGAAUCGGGCAACGUUGUAGCUCUGGCUUCCCUGGAAGGGCCGUUAUCAAUAAUGUAGAAUCAUGUACAGCUAAAUGCCAAUUUGACGAAUAACAAGUUUUGAAAUCAGAGGUCAAGGAAAACAGUUUGUUCGUGUACUGGUCAAUGCAAAGGUACUUGCUUGAAACAGCUCAGUCAUUAAAAAUAGUAACAAUUUGCAAUGCUGGUAUAGAUUUGCUCAUGUGACAUUAAGUAGACAUGAUUUGAUUUGCUUUAGUGGGCCACAUGAGACGAUAUUUUACAUCUGGGGUCUAGAGCAGAGUUUCCCAUUGUUUAGUGAGACAAAGAAUCUAUUUUUCCUGAUAAAACUCAGAUGAUACACCACCAGAGAAAAUGCCGAAAAGAACUCUGAAAUAAUCAUCUCAUCUCAAUUAACUCACAAAUGUAAUUACUGUACAGAGUUCCCUCGUUAUUCGAGUGGGUUGACGAAAAUCCUCUUAAAAAAAAAAAAAAAAAAAAUCACACCACUGCAAACAGAAUAGCAUAUCCACCCUAUAAUAACAAAAAUGACUUAAUAAAUUUGACACAAAACGUGCACUUUAAAUAUUAUUUACAUCCUUCAGGUAUCCUUAACGCGCUCCCACUGGGCAUAGAGAAUUUAAAUAGCGUUUAUAGUGCAUGAUUUAUGUCAAUUAUUCUUCAGUCAUUGUUGUAUUUGUUUUAUUAUUUGCUUGUUCUGCUAUUCUGUUUGCUGUGGUAUGAUCGUUUUAGUUUCGAUGUGACACCGUGAGUGUGAACAACAUCUUGAGUUACUUGCCUACACUGUAAGUGUGUGGGGCAAUAUGAGCUUCUUCUUCUUACAAAUGUAAAAUUGCAAUCGUUCUUCACUGCCUUCUGAACGCUAUCAUAUCUUUGCUUACAUAGGUGCUAAAGCACGUGCUAGCAUGCAUGCUAACAAUGCAACCGGUGGGUUCAAGAGUACGUCAUUAGAUUAGUCACAGAACAACAUUUGCAGAUUUUGGAACUGAGCGUGCACAUAAGGCGCGCCACAUUAUUAGGCUCCCUGUCUAUUUAGGAUAACAUUUAAGACUUCUAAGUGAAUGCUAUGGUCGUGAAAAUACGGUAUAUUGGGGGGGGGGGAAUGAGCAAAAUCCGCGAAUAUGCGGGGCCAAGAAUGGUGAACAGUGAAUGGGCAAGGGCACAUUGUACUUAGUGCAGGGUCUGGGCUUGUUUAAAGUGGAUGGAAUAUAUAAUUUAUAACGCAAAUUAUCUCAUCUGGACAAAAAUAUAUGUUGAACUGUACCAUAAAAUGCAUAACCUUUACCAUGUUUUUACCCCAAAAAAUGUGUUUAUGAAUUAAAGUCCGCAAACUUUGAUCUAGUUUCCCGUGUCUGAAAAAAGCGUGUGGAUGACCUCUGACAUCACUACAGGCAAACACAUUGUACAGCAGAUAGUUUCUCGUACAAGCAGAGGCAGAUCCAUCGCGCUGUACAAUGAACGGUCGGGUAGUCGCGUAUCUAUUUACUAAAUACACGGCGUUUGCAUAAUUUUAAAACAAGACCAAUAACUUUGUAUAUACACAUUCAGGAUAUCAAAGCCUUUACUAUUUAUCAGUUUAUGACUAACUAAACCAAACAAGAACUUCAUAAAUGCUUACCAGUCUUUGUUUCCGACACGAGGCAUAUCCUGCUCCCUGCGUGCUCGCCACUUUCUUCAUGGCCAGCCGUUUUGUCUCCAUUCGAACGUGUGUGUGCUGUCUAACUGGCUCAAAUUGAUCACCUUUUAUAAAGCUCAUAUUCUUCAACGUCUUUGUGGGAUCCUUCAGAAUAGUGUUCAACGCUUGAAAUAAUGGAAAAUUCAUCGUUGUUCUUACAUUGUAUUCCAAUGAUCACCAUUGUCGUCAGCGGUACUGUCGUCACGUUCCUACUCGGCUCUUUAUGCUUCGUUUCUGUCUUUUUCCCGAUGA